AUGUACUUCUUCAAAAAUAUGGUACGAAUCCUCAAGGACAGGCAAUUUCUGUAUCAAGCAGCUGCAAUUUUUGGUCUUUUCUUGGUUCUCGGUCUACUUACUUUGAUAUCGUACCACGGAACUCAUCAACAUUACACUCAUGAAAUCUCCUUUGAAGCUAACGAUCGCCCUAUCACUAUCUACUGUGACGAUUGUAAUUCGAAAGGAAUCACAACUUCUCAAGUUACAUUUGUUAAGAAAAAUGAUAGACAACAAUUGAUGGAUAACCAAGCUGUUCUCUAUUGGAAACCAAAAUCCGCAAAAGCAGAUUUGGAACUGUUUUCUGUGAGUCGUGGAGAUGAAACAUUCACAAUGGUCGUUCAAAACUUUGCUAUCUCCCAAUUGAUUGCCAAAAUGAUUGGAAAACCUCCAAGGAUCAAGCCAAUUCUUGAAAGUGGAGAAUUCCGAACAAGCAUCACAGAAACUGGAUUCUCGAUGGUGUUCAAUGACGUCAGCAAAAAUCAGGCAGCCAUGAUUCUAUCUGAAUCAUAUCCUCUGAUGUACACAUUUGGAGUGUUCCAGACUUUUGUCUACACUUUAUCAGCAAUUCUUCCAUUACGAUUGAUUUCUGUCAAUAUGAGACCAGACAGUCUUCUGUUUCCGUGGCCAAGAUAUUUAUACUUCAGUCUCAUCUUUGGUGCGAACCUGAUCAUGUUCAUGGUUCUCUCGAUUAUUCUGAUUUCCAUUUUUCUGUUUAUGGGCUUUUUCCAAACAAGUGCUGCUUUUUGUUUCUUCCGUCUGUUUGGUGCAUGGUUCCUUUCCUACAUUUCAACUCUUCCGUUGAUAUACCUUCUCGUAUUCACAAUCCAGAAUUCGAUGGCUGUUGUUCCAACAGUCAUGGCGAUUUCUUCUCUUUUGGUCUGUCUUCCAAAUAUGGUUUCUUCAUUUUCGGCUGAAAACCAAAUGUCUCUGCAAUCUUUAUUAAAGUUUGUUAGUUGGACAUGCAUGAUAAGUCCUCCGACUUCUCUUCAAGUACUCGCUUCUUUCCUAAAUGCAGGAGAAUUCCACGAAGAGAACAAUGGAAGUGAGUUUAAAAUUUUGCUCAGUGAUUUUCUUUGGUCUUUUUCAGCAAUUACAGCGUUGACUCUAUUUUGUGGUGCACAUAUAUGGAUUUUAGUUAUUUUUGCCGCUUGUGUUUUUCAACCAGGAUUCUCUCUCAUCCGACAACACUGGUUCAUUUCUUCUACUGCAAUCUGGUCUACAUUUGAACGAGGAACAACUUUGAAACCGGGUGCUCGAAUUAAAAACAGUUUUCUUUUCCCAGCAAGUCCAGCUCCACAGACGGGGGAUAGUACAACAGGAGAGAAACCAUCAAUCGCAGAUGGAACUAGUAGAUCAGCAGCCGGGAGAGAAAUUGACGCCAAACCAAGUUUGGAUUAUAUUUCUGGAGCUUCAUCGAGUAAUGAAGAUAUGAGUUAUAUCACAAAUUACGAAGAACAUUUGAUUGGAAAAAUGGCAACAAUGAAAAAAUGGAAUGAUAAUCAAGAGAUUCCAGUUGAUAACUCUGCCACUUAUUUGCUGGGAGAUCAAACGAAGCUCAAAAGUUCUCUAUUGAAAACUAUUGCGGAGACCAAUCCGAAAGAGCAAAUUGCAUAUGUUCCGUUUGAGGAAUGUCUUCCAUCCAUCUACACUCCAUUUGAGCUACUAGUGAACGUAGCAGCUUGUCAUGGUUUCGAAGUCACCGAAGAGCACAUUAAUUAUCUUUUGAAUGCGUUUGGAAUGAAAUCUUUGGCUGCAACUCCCAUCAGUUUACUGACUGAUGCCGAUCGUCGAAUUCUAAUGUUGCUUACGAAACUCGUCAUAAAACCAUCGAUUGUGAUAAUUGAUCAACUCGAAAUGUUCCUUCCUCAUCCAAAAAUGAUGACAGUCUGGGCAAUUUGUGCACGUCUUCGUGCUGAUGGCGUCGCAAUUAUGUACACUUCUCGCCAUAACAGCUUUGCUGAACACACUGCAACAUGUUGUGCACACUUAUACAAGUGCCAAUUUGUGAGCACACUUCCUCCGUCAGCAAUCAAAGCAAGAAUGGGAUACACAGUUCUGGAAAUUGUUCCAAAAGAUAUCGAACCAUUGAAACUACUAAAAAUGAUCCAAAUGGCAAUGCCUGAUGCAAUACAAAUGCCUUCAACAAGACAAACGCUCACAGUGAUUCUGAAGAGAGAUGACGUGGAUACUGUUGAAAUGGUAUUUUUUAACAUCUCUUCUGAAAGUCAUUAUUAUCGUUUUCAGGUUCUCGGAAACAUCAGAACAAUGAGUAGCAACAUCCAGAGAUACUCUCUUCGUUCCGGAAACUUUGAUGAGUUUGUGGCAUCUGCUUUCGGAAAGUGA